AAUCAUUAAAGAAGAUCAUCAUAGCUUUAAACAUUUGCAGAGUUCAAAUGUUCAGAUGUGCAGAUGUUUGUGUAUCUGAACUCUUCAGUUUUGUCUUUGUAAAUACUAUAAAUGUAUUAUUUGUAGCAGUAUUGAAAUGUUUGUGUGUUUAUAUAUAAUUGUUAAAUUUUUCUCUUUAGAUCCAACUUCAGUGGAGACCAUAUCUUCUGUAGAGAGUUAUGGUCCUCAGAACACUCCCAACAGUAGUUUUGAGAUUCCUCUCUUCACUGUUGACGAGCAAAUCCAGGAGUUUCCAGAUGAUCUGUCAGAGGAAGAAACUGUGUGUCCUCUGGCAGAAAACCCAAGCCAAGACAUGGUCUUGAUUAUUGGGAGCAUGUGCUGGACCUACAACAUGGGUGAGCUACUGGGAGAAGGAGGAUUUGGUGCCGUAUAUGCUGGUGUCCGUGCCCAUGAUGGUCUUCCGGUGGCAAUCAAGUUUGCCAAAAAAAUGGAGGGCAUGGAAUAUCUCUACGUUCCUGGCCUUCCAGAACUUGUACCACUUGAAAUCGGCCUCACACUUAUGGCAAACAAGGGUCCCAGCUCACCCAACAUAAUCGAUCUGCUGGAUUGGCAGGACUUUCCAGACCAUUAUAUAAUGGUCCUGCAGCGUCCUUCACCAUGCCUGAGUGUGUUCAAGCUUUUGGAGAGCUGUGGCAACAUCUUUGAAGAAAGGUUUGCUCGGUAUGUGAUGCGCCAGGUUAUCGAGGCAGCUGAGACCUGCUGCCGGCGAGGAGUAUUCCACAGAGAUAUCAAGUUGGAGAACUUGAUCAUCAACACACACACCAUGGAUGUCACACUGAUUGACUUCGGCUGUGGGAACCUGUUCCAUGAAACAGAGUACCACACUUUUAGUGGUAUGUACAGUAUUAAAACUUUAGUGUCAUGACACACAAGCUGCUGAAUACAGUAAAAACAAACUGUUGUAACUCAGACAUGCAAAUCUCUUUCCUCCAGGCACAGAGAUGUACUGCCCUCCGGAAUUUUUCGAA